UUUUGUUGUGAUUAAGAAUGGCUUCACAAAGGAACUAUGGAGUUCUGAUUCUGCACAUGAUGUUUUUCCUUGUUGUGUCUCACUACUGUCAUGCACAAGGCCUUAAAGCUAACUUCUACAAGAAAACAUGCCCUGGAAUGGAGUCUGUUGUGAAACAGACAACGGCUCGCCUCAUUUCCAAAGCACCAACUCUCGCAGCUCCCUUGCUUCGAAUGCAUUUCCAUGAUUGUUUCGUUAGGGGUUGUGAUGGUUCUGUUCUAUUGAACUCGACGAGUAAUAACCAAUCAGAGAAAGAGGCAAUUCCCAACCAAAGUCUCAGAGGAUUCCAAGUUAUAGAUGCUGUAAAAUCUGAGGUAGAGAAGAAGUGUCCCGAGGUUGUUUCUUGUGCUGAUAUCCUAGCAUUAGUAGCUCGAGAUGCGGUUACAAUGCUUAAUGGGCCAUUUUGGAAAGUUCCAUUGGGAAGAAGAGAUGGAAAAGUUUCUAUCAUGUUGGAGGCUUUGAACGACUUACCCCCUCCAUUUGGAAACAUUUCCACCUUAAAAACAAUGUUUGCCGCCAAGGGUUUGAACAAGAAAGACUUGGUCGUUUUAUCAGGAGGACAUACAAUAGGAACUUCUCACUGCCCUGCCUUCACCGACCGGCUGUACAACUUCACCGGCAGAGGAGACACCGAUCCUACGAUGGAUCCGAGCUACGUUGCCGCUCUGAAGAAGAAAUGCCGGCCGGGAGACAGCACAACACUGGUGGAGAUGGAUCCUGGGAGCUUCAAAACAUUCGACGAAAAAUAUUUCUCCGACGUAGCAAAGAGAAGAGGUCUCUUCCAGUCCGAUGCUGCUCUCCUUAACGACAAGCAAACCAGAGGUUAUGUCGUCCGCCAGGUUGCCACCGGCGGCGCCACCUUCUUCAAAGAUUUCGCUAAAUCCAUGGUGAAAAUGGGGAAGAUUGGGGUUUUGACUGGCAAUAAUGGUGAAAUUAGGAGGCAUUGUGCUUUGGUUAAUUAAUUAAUAUUGAUGUAUAAUUAAGUGGGUCGUUUAAUU